AUGGAUGCGACAAAACCGCCGCUGGUCCUGUCUCACCGCUUCACCUUGGAACUCGAAUUCGUCCUCUCACUCGCGAACCCGCAGUAUCUUCAAUAUCUCGCUGUGUUUUAUCCACAUUUGCUAAACAAACCAGCGACUUCUCGCAAUGUAGCCGAAGCAGAUGAUUCAGACGCCGACCGUUUUGCAAGAUAUCUCAAGUACCUAUACAGCUAUUGGCGUACCCCUCAAUACGCGCAGUAUCUCACGCAUCCAGGGUCAACGUUGCGAAAUCUCGAAUUGCUCCAGCAAGAACAAUUUAGAAAAGAUCUCAUCAAACCCGAUGUUAUCGCGAGACUCUUCGAGACCGAU